AUGGUGCAGGAAAACAGGAUGAGGUUCAGUAUGGGGGCGUUAGUGCCCGUACUGAGAAAGUUUAUGAAGUUUGUAGGCCCUGGGAUCAUGGUCAGUGUCGCAUAUAUGGACCCCGGGAAUUAUUCAACAAGUGUAUCUGGGGGUGCUCAGUACAAGUAUGCGCUGCUGUUUGCGGUUUUCAUAUCUAACAUAUUCGCCAUCGUACUACAGUGUUUGUGCAUCAAGCUGGGGAGUGUGACGGGUUACGAUUUAGCAGAGAACUGCCGUCGUCACUUACCGAGGAAAGUCAAUUUGAUGCUGUUCGCUUUCGCCGAGGUGGCGAUUAUAGCGACUGAUUUAGCGGAAGUGGUGGGAACUGCUAUUGCGCUGAACAUUCUGUUUGGGCUUUCGUUGAAUGUUGGUGUUUUAUUGACGGUGCUUGACGUGCUGGUGAUCUUGUUGUUUUACCACCAGGAUGGCCACUCUAUGAAGAGAGUCAGGUCUUUUGAAAUAUUUGUCAGUAUAUUGGUUGCAGGCACGCUCAUUUGCUUUGUCUUGGAGCUGUUCCAGAUUUCCAUCCCUAAUAAAGGCGAUCUCCUCAAAGGAUACCUCCCAUCCAGCAUCAUAUUCAAGGACAAACAAGCGCUUUACAUAUCUUUGGGUAUUCUAGGUGCUACAGUUAUGCCACAUUCAUUGUAUUUGGGUUCGUCCAUUGUCAAGCCAAGACUACAAGAACAUGAUUUGAAGAAAUAUGGUAAAAUUCAAGUGCGUCCAAGUCUAAAUGCAAUCAAAUACUGUUUGAAUUAUUCCUACGCGGAGUUGAUUAUAUCUCUGAUGUUUGUCGCUACUUUCGUCAACUCUGCUAUAUUGAUUGUAGCGGGCACAACUCUAUUUGGAAAACCAGAAGCUGAAGAUGCCGAUUUAGUAUCAAUUUACAAUUUAUUAGUGCACUAUAUUUCACCGGCUGCUGGACUGAUAUUUGCUCUAGCAAUGAUUUUUUCAGGCCAAUCUGCAGGUAUUAUAUGCACUGUAGCAGGGCAAAUUGUUUCUGAGGGCUUUUUAGAAUGGUCUCUACCACCAUGGGCUACAAGACUAUGUACAAGGUUAAUUGCUAUUGUGCCUUGUCUUUUUGUCACCCUUACAAUGGGCGAAACCGGGAUUUCAGAUAUUUUGAACUUGUCACAAGUUGUGUUAUCGUUGAUCUUACCAAUUGUCUCAGCUCCUUUGAUUUAUUUCACCGCAAACAGAAAGAUUAUGACCGUUCCUGAUGUUUAUAAUGAUCAAGUGGAUGAGCAGACACCGCUUAAUAACACAGGUAAAGUCAACAAAGCUGACUUUACGAAUAGUAAUUGGCUAACAGUGGUAGCUGUCAGCAUUUGGGCUUUAAUCGGUGGAUUAAACUGUUACUUGGUGGCAUGCUUCAUCUUAGGUGAGGACGUACAUUUUUGA